AUGGACGAGGGUGUCAUGUAUGCCGACCUGCGCUUUCCCCCCACACCAGCUCCUCAGCAGCGAGUGCGCCUGCCCUGGUGCUGGGCAGCCCUCAGCCUGGGUCUCCUCUCCCUGACGCUCCUACUGGCACAGAUCAUCCUUGUCAGCCUGAGUUUCCACUAUUUAGUGCAACAACAAACAAGAUGCACAGACGGUCUCUGGAGAAUAGAGGAGAGCCCCAGCUAUGGGAAACAGACACAGGGAGGGCAGUGCCAGUUUUGCCCGGUUGGCUGGCUCUGGGAUGCAGGGCAGUGCUACUACUUCUCCUCUGCCAGAAAGAGCUGGGAGCAGAGCAGAGAGGACUGCUGCUCCAGAGGGGCACAGCUGGUCACCAUCCAAGCCAACAGCACCCUGGCGUUCCUGGUGCGCACAGCUAACAUGGAUGCCUUCCAUGUGGGGCUGAAGCAGGAUGGCUUCAGGUCUGACUGGAAGUGGCUGGAUGGCACCACGCUGGAAUGGAUCUUCCCGGUCCAGCGCUACACCAGGUCCUUCCAGGCCUGUGGCAGGGUGUCAGGCUUGGGACUUUUAGGUGGUGCCUGCACAGAUGCCCUCAGAUGGGUCUGCAAGCAGAGUGCAGCCACUGUGCAGUGGCUCCAGUCCUCGCCUCCUGCCUUCCUCUGGGGAAACACCACCUACAGCUGUGUGAGGCCCUGA